AUGUCUAAUUUAUAUCAGAUUGACUCCGAGACGAAAGAAAGGAUCAGGAAGUUUCGUAUCUCCACGUCUAGAGCCGAUACUAUUAAAGCUCUGCCGUUAAAGAUAGAGCCAAAGCCAUCUUACAAGAUAGUUAUUGAAGAAGAUGAACUAGAAGAAUUGGACGAGGCAGAUGGUUUAGCUGAUUAUGGUGAGGCUUUGCCGGACAACUCGCCAAGGUAUGUUCUUAUUGCUUAUCCUCUCACUAACAAAGACGGUAUUAAACAGACACCGUUAAUUCUAAUAUACUGGAUACCACAAACAGUAGUUUCCCAAGAAUGGAAGAUGCUGUACGCCGGUGCUCUCGAGUUGAUACGAAACGAGUGUGGUACGUCUAAGCUGGUAGAAGUCACUUCAGGCUUAGAAGAUGAUUCAGAUGUUGAGGAAUUGAUUGCGCAGAUCGAGACAAGAUAA